AUGCUACCAUUACAUGAUCAAGUAGUUCAAGAUCAAGAAGAAGAUAAAAGUGUUUCACAAACUUUUUUACAACAGAUAAAUAAUGAUGGUAAUUAUCAAAACAUUGUCAAUAGUAAUAAUACAAAUAUUAAUCCAUUAAUAAUCACUAUUGAAAAUAAAAAUCUUUUAUCUUCAAAAUCGAAAGAAAUUCAACCAUCUUUUCAUGAGUCAUUUCGAAUAAAUAAACAAUCCCUAAUUAUUAUUAUUUUACCAAUUCUUAUAUUUGGAAUAUUAAUGUUAAUUUCGAUUAUUAAAAUUACUGAUGUUUAUAAAUCAGAUUUAAAAAUAAAAUAUGAUUAUAUGUUAGAAGAACAAAAGAAAAAUAACAAAACAAUUCAAUCAUUAAAUGAAACUAUAUUAGAAAAAAAUCAACAACUUCAACAAGUCAACGAUCAAUUGACACUACUAAACAAAAAGAAAUAUAAUUCAUUAGUUAUUGAAGGUCGUGAAUUUGGUAGUGCACAUGGUACUCAUUUUGAUGAUUCAUUACAUCCGCAUUUUACAAGUUCACAUUAUCUAAAUGGAAUAAUUGCUCGUGAUAAUGAUGAUGACUUAGAAUCCUAUCAAUUUUAUUAUCCAUCUUCGUCUGAUAAUCAAGAUAUGUUCAUAUCAGAGAGGCAUGGAAAGCAAAAUUCAUCUUUUAAAAAAGAUUUUCAAUUUGAAAAUUAUGAAAAAAUACAACGAGUUGAAGGACAAUACUUGAAUAAAACCAUUGCUUUUUCAAACGGUACAAACUUAACAUUGCCAAUAAUAACAGGACUUCAAUUUUACACAACAAAAGAACAUGCUAGUCCAUCAUAUGCUGGUGAAGAAGGAGAAAUGUUUGAGGAAGAAUAUGAGGAAUAUACAUUAUGGUAUGUCACUGGAAGAUCAGAUCAAUAUAUUUAUCAAUUACAAUUCUAUUGGUAUCGAACAUCAGACAUUGAUUAG